CACUUCGUCUCACAGUUCAGAAGCGACCGGCCACAGCCAGAAUGGAGACCCCAGCCCCUGGCCGCACCCACAGCGUCGUGCUGGUCCUGCUCUCGCUGGCCGUCCUCCACACCAGCAAGGCCCAAAAGGUCCAGAAUGACAUUGACAUCUACAGCCUCACUGUGGACUCUAAGGUCUCCUCCCGAUUCGCCCACACAGUCAUCACCAGCCGGGUGGUCAACAAGGCUGAUGCCGUGCGGGAGGCCACCUUCCAGAUGGAGCUGCCCAAGAAAGCCUUCAUCACCAACUUCUCCAUGGUCAUCGAUGGUGUGACCUACCCAGGUAACAUCAAGGAGAAGGCUGCAGCCCAGGAGCAGUACAGCGCGGCCAUGGCCAGGGGCGAGAGUGCUGGCCUUGUCACGGCCACUGGGAGAAAGACCGAGCAGUUCCAGGUGUCCGUCAGCGUGGCUCCCGCUGCCAAGGUCACCUUCGAGCUGGUGUAUGAGGAGUUGCUGGCCCGUCACCUAGGAGUGUAUGAGCUGCUGCUGAAAGUCCGGCCCCAGCAGCUGGUCAAACACCUGCAGAUGGACAUUCACAUCUUCGAGCCUGAGGGCAUCAGCUUUCUGGAGACAGAGAGCACCUUCAUGACCAAUGAACUGGCAGAGGCCCUCACCACCUCACAGAACAAGACCAAGGCUCACGUCCGAUUCAAGCCAACACUGUCACAGCAGCAAAAGUCUCCGGAGAAGCAGGACACAGUCCUAGAUGGCAACUUCAUUGUCCGCUACGAUGUGGACCGGCCUGUCUCCGGGGGUUCCAUUCAGAUUGAGAAUGGCUACUUUGUGCACUACUUUGCCCCUGAUAGCCUGUCCACGAUGCCCAAGAAUGUGAUCUUUGUCAUCGACAAGAGCGGCUCCAUGAUGGGCAGGAAAAUAAAGCAGACCCAGGAAGCCCUCAUCAAGAUCCUGGAUGACCUCAGUCCCCAUGACCAGUUCAACCUCAUCAGCUUCAGUGCGGAAGCAACCAAGUGGAAACCUUUGCUAGUGCCAGCCUCGACUGAGAACGUGAAUGAGGCCAAGAGCUACGCCACUGGCAUCCGGGCCCAGGGAGGGACCAAUAUAAAUGAUGCGAUGCUGAUGGCCGUGCAGCUGCUGGAGAAAGCCAACCGGGAGGAGCUGUUGCCUGCAGGGAGCAUCACCCUCAUCAUCCUCCUCACUGAUGGCGACCCCACUGCAGGGGAGACCGACCCUUUGAAAAUCCAGGAGAACGUGCGAAAAGCUGUAAAUGGCCAGCAUAGUCUCUUCUGCCUGGGCUUCGGCUUCGAUGUCAGCUACGCCUUCCUGGAGAAGAUGGCACUAGAAAACGGCGGCCUGGCCCGGCGCAUCUAUGAGGACUCAGACUCCGCCCUGCAGCUGCAGGACUUUUACCAGGAGGUGGCCAACCCACUGAUGAUGUCAGUGGCCUUUGAGUACCCGAGCAAUGCUGUGGAGUCGGUCACGCAGGACGCCUUCCGGGUGUUCUUCAAGGGCUCCGAGUUGGUAGUGGCUGGGAAGCUCCGGGACCACAGCCCUGACGUGCUCUCAGCCCAAGUCCGGGGGCAGCUGCACGGGGAGAACAUCACCUUUGUGAUGGAGUCCCAUGUGGCCGAGCAGGAGGAGAUGUUCCGGGGCCCCAAGUACAUCUUCCACAGCUUCAUGGAGAGACUCUGGGCAUACCUGACCAUCCAGCAACUGCUUGAGCAAAUGGUCUCUGCGUUAGAUGCUGAGAAGCAGGCUCUUGAGGCCCGUGCACUGAGCUUGUCACUCAGCUACAGCUUUGUCACCCCCCUCACGUCCAUGGUGAUCACCAAACCUGAAGGUCAAGAACAGUCUCAGGUUGCUGAGAAGCCUGUGGAGGAUGAAAGCAGAGACAGGAGAGUUCCCCUAGGGCCCAUGGGGUUUGGUCAGUCCAUGGACAGAGCAUCCUGGAAAACAGGCGGAGGUUUGAAACUGUUAAACAGCCCUCCAAGAUUGGGAGUACCUGGACGUUUUCUUGCUCCUCCUCCUCCAUUCUACCGCACGACCUCGAGAUUGGUGCUACCAGAGCUGACGUUACGUCCUGGUGGAGCAUCUUACGACAUGGAUUUCAGAAUCAAAGGAACAACCCUGACAGCCCCACCCUUCGCUCCCAUCCAGGCUCCUUCUGUCAUCCUGCCACUGCCUGGGCAGAGUGUGGACCAGCUUUGUGUGGACUUCCGGCGCCCUCAGGAGCUAGUGAACCUGCUGUCGGACCCUGACCAAGGGGUUGAGGUAACUGGCCACUAUGAGACAGCAAAGGCCUGCUUCUCGUGGAUUGAGGUGACCUUCGAGAACCCCCAGCUGCAGGUCCAUGCGUCCCCUGAGCAUGUGGUUAUUACUCGAAACCGAAGAAAUUCUGCAUACAAGUGGAAGGAAACACUGUACUCAGUGAUGCCCGGCCUCAAGGUGACCAUGGACAAGGCGGGGCUCCUGUUGCUCAGCAGACCAGACAGGGUGACCAUCGGCCUGCUGUUCUGGGAUGGCCCCGGAAAGGGGCUCCGGCUUCUCCUGCAGGACACUGACCGCUUCUCCAGCCACGUCAGCGGGACCCUUGGCCAGUUUUACCAGGACGUGCUCUGGGGGCCUCUGGACACAGCAGAUGACCGCAAGCGAACACUGAAGGUCCAGGGGCGUGACUACUCUGCCACCAGAGAGCUCAAGCUGGAUUACCAAGAGAGUCCUCCAGGCAAAGAGAUUUCCUGCUGGUCUGUGGAGCUGUAGUUCUGGAAGGAGCUACACCCACCACCCCCUGCCGCCGCCCUAUGUGCAGAUGGUUGCCACCCAGUGAUCACAGGGCUACUCUGGGCCCUGGAACAUUGUAGGGAGAGGUAUUUGCACUCAAUAAAAUAAAGAGAGAUGGUGUGAGCCCA